AUGCCACUCCUUGAGCUGCCUGCCUUGCAGACUCUGGUGCUGGACUGGUCCUUCCUGCGGUGUAUAAGCUUGCCAUCCUUUGCCAGGCUCAAGGAUGUUCACAUCCUGGCCUCUGUGGACAAACAAAGCCAGGUCCCCGGGAUGGCAGGGGCAUUGAAGUUUGCACCAAAGACUGCUGCUGCAAUCUGGCUUGCGCUCAAUAGGGUGGAAGUGCUGGGGAGCCUCAGGAACACCUCAGUCUUGCAGAGUCUUGUUGACCUGGACAUUGAAUUUUGGAGCACAGAGGACAUGCUGCACGGACAAAAGCGCAAGUGGGACAAGGUCCUGGACGACCACGUUGAGAACGUGAACUCUGCGGCCGAUAGUCGCUUGCUACCCACUAGCCAAAAAGCUUGUCAAGGACAGCGUCAAUCUCCGCAAAGCCUCUUUUCUUCACAACAAUCAACAAUGUUGGCUGUUCCUCCUCCUUCUGACCUUGCACCUCUUCCAACACCACCACCCCCAGCUUUCCCGACCCCUUCUUUGUCCCACCAGGUCACCCAAUCUUGUCCUCUUUUCCUCGGGGACGACAACAACAACGACAAUGUCUUGCCCCUAUGA